GCGCCGGAAGUGUCAUUCUUCAACGCUGACGCGUUACCUUUAUCGAGAGCUCGUCACAGUUGAACGUCAAGCCUGUGUUAUAACUGUCCAUCUAAAUUGCUCGAAUACUGUACAAGUCGAUGUCAAAAAAGUACCUACUACGCGUACGUGAAAGGAGCAGCAGCAGCAGCAGCACAGGGUUGAGGAACUAAUGGCGCCCAAAGGUAAGGUCGGCACUAAAGGCAAGAAGCAAAUCUACGAGGAGAAUGGGGCGACACUCAAGUUCUACACCAGAGUAAUCUUGGGAGCCAACGCGAUAUACACUGCGUUAAACCUCUUGGUCUUCUAUAGCUCUUCAACGUUUUGGACAUGGUUUGCCCUGGUGUUUGCACUAGCAGUGUAUGUGGGCAGUUACCGCUCCAUGACUGCCAUGGCCAAAGCAGUGUUUGGUGAGGAUGGGAGUUUGCUGGACGGAGGAAUAGAUCUGAACAUGGAGCAGGGGAUGGCAGAGCAUCUGAAGGAUGUUAUCCUGCUAACUGCCAUAUUACAAGUGCUCAGCACCAUCUCCUCCUGGUUCUGGUAUCUUUGGCUGCUGGCCCCGGCCCGUGCAAUGUUCCUGCUGUGGGUGAACUUCCUAGGCCCCUGGUUUUCGGCCGAGACCCCUGGUGCCGCCCCAGAGGAGGUGAAUGAGAAGAAGCAGAGACGACAGGAGCGCAGACAGAUGAAGAGGUUCUAGCUUGGCCGACUGCCGCGGUAUUUCUAUACGCAGAAUGAGUCUAAAUACAGACAGCCAGGAACUCUACGGUUAAGUUAUUCAGGAGGAACUUUUGACGUGUGCCCAAAGACAUCCAGGUAUGGAUAAAGAACUGAACCGGACCCUGUGGGUUAUCUGGUUUCCCUCUUUCGCCCCAUCCCUCAUCCUUCCCUUUCUUCCUCUCCCCACUAGCCCUAUCCCUUUUUCUUUACAUCUGGAGAGGAAAUCGUCCUUGUUGGGCUGAUGACAUCAUCACCACUAAUACGUGCUGUCAUAUACCUUGACCUGUCAUUUGUUUACAUUCAAUUGUUCAUAAUCUAAGUCUAUGUAUCGCAUCUGAACUAGUGACAAGGAUGUGGUGAUCUUACCCUAUGGCAGACAUUUUUAUUUUAGACACUGCUCAUCAGCUCACACAAUCAUGCCCAAUUCCAAAUGGACAACUAGCAACAACCACCUAGGUGUUAAUCUAGACCAAGGGGGAACUAUUACCUUGCUUUUAUAGCUAUUUAUUUCAGAUCUACAUGACGUGCGUAGGAUUCGGUGCUAGGUGUUGAUUUGGAAUUGGGAAGGUUGAAAUGAAAUCCGGUUGUGCAUUGUUCGCAGUGCACCGCUUAACGUCAAUGUUCUCGCGGAGACUCUAUUCACUGUUAAUGCUGCAUAUGUAGGCUCAAUCGGAAAGGACUUUUACACUGAACAAAAAUACCAACGCAACAUGUAAAGUGUUGGUUUCAUGAGCUGAAAUAAAAGAGCCGAUAUUUUCCAUAUGCACAAAAAGCUUAUUUCUCUCAAAUGUUGUGAACAAAUUUGUUGACAUCCCCUGUUAGUGAACAUUUCUCCUUUGCCAAUAUAAUCCAUACAGCUGACAGGUGUGCCAUAGCAGAAGCUGGUUAAACAGCAGGAUCAUUACCCGGUGCACCUUGGGCUGAGGACAAUGAAAUGGGCGACUCUAAAAUGUGUUGUUUUGUCAAACCGAUAUCUCAUGUUUUGAGGGAGUAUGCAAUUGGCAUGCUGACUGCAGAAAGGUCCACCAGAGCUGCUGCUAGAGAAUUGAAUGUUCAUUUCUACCAGAAGACGCCUCCAACAUCAUUUUAUGGAAUUUGGCAGUCUGUCCAACCGGACUCACAACCGCAGUGAACGUGUAUGGCUUCGUGCUUGAUGAUGUCAACACUGUGAACAGAGUGCUCCGGAGUGGCGGUGGGGUUAUGGUAUGGGCAAGCAUAAGCUACGGACAACGUACACAAUUGGAUUUUAUCGAUGGCAAUUGGAACGCUUAGAGAUACUGUGACGAGAUCUUGAGGCCCAUUGUCAUGCCAUUCAUCCACUGCCAUCACCUCAUGUUUCAGCACUUUACACAAUUUCUGGAAGCUGAAAAUUGCCCAGUUCUUCCAUGGCCUGCAUACUCAGACAUGUCACUCAUUCAGCAUGUUUGGGAUGCUCUGGAUCGAUAUGUACGAUGCCGUGUUCCAGUUUCUGCCAAUAUCCAGCAACUUCGCACAGCCAUUGCAUUCCACAGGCCACAAUAAACAGCCUGAUCAACUUUAUGCGAAGGACAUGUCGCGCUGCGCUGUGGUCACACCAGAUACAGACUGGUUUUCUGAUCCACUCCCCUGCCUUUUAUUUUUUUAUUUUUUUUUAAGGUAUCUGUGACCAACCGAUGCAUGUAUGUAUUCCCAGUCAUGUGAAAUCCAAAGAUUAGGGCCUAAUGAAUUUAUUUCAGUUGACGGAGUUCCUUAUAUGAAUUGUAACUCAGUAAAAUCGUUACAUGUUGCAUUUAUAUUUUUGUUCAGUUAUUAAUGGCGCAUUGUCUAAAUCCGCGAUUGGAUUGUAUCUCGGCCCUGAUCAUCGUUGUCGCUCCCAUCCUUCACAAUGCUGAACAAAUGAUUUGAUUUACAACCAAUAACAGUUGUGUAUAUGCAUUAACAUUUUCAAGUGCAUUUCUUCACAGCAUAUAUAAGCAAGAGGAAAUAAACAGUGCCUUCAGGAAGUAUUCAGACCCCUUGGACUUUUUCCAUGUUUUUGUUGAUACCGCCUGAAUUAAAACAUUUAUUAAAUUGAGAUUUUGUCACACGUGAUAUCGCAUAAUGUCAAAGUGGGACAAAUGAAUUAAAAAUUAAAAGCUGAAAUGUCUUGAGUUAAUUAUUCAACCCCCCUUUUGUUAUGGCAAGCCUAAAUCAUUUUAUGAGUAAAGAUAUGUUCAAUAACAAGUCACAUAAGUUGCAUAGACUCAUUCAUUCUCAUUCUGUAGGCAAUAAUAGUGUUUAACAUGAUUUUAGAAUGAGUACCUUGCAUCUCUGUACCCCACACAUACAAUAAUUUGUAAGGUCGAGCAGUGAAUUUCAAACACAGAUUCAACCACAAAGACCAGGGAGGUUUUCCAAUGCCUCGUAAAGAAGGGCGGCUAUUGGAAAAUGGCCAAAUGUUUACAACAUUGUAGUUAUUCCAGAAUACUAACCAAAUUGACAGUGAAAAGAACGAAGCCUGAACAGCAUAAACAUAUUCCAAAACAUGUUUGCAAAAAGGCACUAAAGUAAUAAUGCAAAAAUGUGGCAGAGCAAUUAACUUUUUGUCCUAAAUAAAUUUGAUGUGUUAAGCUUGGAAAUGGAAUGUUGCUAAGCACAGGCAGAAUCCUAGAGGCAAAACUGGUUUCCACUGCUUUCCACCAAACACUGGGAGGUGAUUUCACCUUUCAGCAGGAUAAUAAUCUAAAACACAAGGCCAAAUAUACACUGGAGUUGCUUACCAAGAAGACUGUGAAUGUCCCUGAGUGGCCAAGUUAGUUUUGAUUUAAAUCUACUUAAAUCUAUGGCAGUACCUGGAAAUGGUUGUCGAAUGUAUAGUGACUAUCAACAACCAAUUUGACAGAGCUUGAGUAAUUUUUGAAGAAUAAUCUGCGAAUGUUGCUCAAUCCAGGUGUGUAAAAGUUCUUAGACAUACCCAGAAAUACUCACAGCUGUAAUCGCUGCCAAAGGUGCUUCUACAAAGUAUUGACCCAGGGGUAUGAAUACUUAUGUAAAUGAGAUUUCUGUAUUUCAUGUCCAAAACAUUUGUAGAAAUGUGUAAAAACAUGUUUUCACUUUGUCAGUAUGGGGUAUUGUGUGUAGAUGGAUGAGGGGGAACAAAUCUAUUUAAUCCAUCUUGAAUUCCUUCUAACACAACAAAAUGUGGAAUAAGUCAAGGGGUAUGAAUGCGUUAUAAAGACGCUUUAGUAGUAUACCUUUUUGUGAUGUGUAGCCAUCUUGGUGUGAAAUCAGUAUUUUGUUCUGUUUCUUUCUCCAUAUCUCCCAACAUAAUGACCCAGGCUGUGUCAUCACUCCCUUUUGCAGAUGUGAUAGAACUGUCGUCUCAGAUCCGCAAAAGGGGAGUGAUGGAGGGUAGAUCGUAGAAAACAGCUUCCUGUAGCUAAUGCAUCUCCAGUGAGUGAGUUAUUGCCUGAGCCAUUGACAAGCAUAGACAAGGUGCUAGGAAUGGGGCUAUGACCUAUGACUGCUGUUCUGGCUUUACCAAAAUCAUAUUUGAAUAAUACACAUGAAAUGGAAGUAUAUAUUGAUGCACUGGUAGUUAGUUGGCAGCAACUUGUGUAAUCAAUAUGCCUAUACAUUGUAAGCAUGUCAAUGCAGAGGUGACGUGGUGGUUGAACUCUUCAGAAAUGUCUGCCUUUUUUACGAUCAGCCAAAUACUAUGUAAGCCUAGAUAUUGUUGCUACAAAGUCUUAAUGUACAUAUGAUUAAAUUGAUUUCAGUAUAAAAACAACCUGUCUGAGGA